GCGCGCGGUGGGCGGUGUCUGGGCUCGGGCCUGAUCUUCGUGUUUUCACGGAGAUUGGAGCCGUCGGGAGGGUUUGACGAUGAAUAACCCCGAGGCGGUGUUUACGUUGCUUUAUGUUGUCUUGUCCUUCUGCUUCGUCUUUACCCCGACCGAGUUCCGUUCGGCGGGGUUGACGGUGCAGGAUCUGCUGUCCGACCAGUUGGGCAGCGAGCAGCUGGGCUUCGUGCACUACCACAUCCGCAGGACGGCCGCCACCCUCGCCGUGCACUCGUUGCUGCCGCUAGGUUAUUAUGCAGGAAUGUGUUUUGCAUCUUCUGAUGAAAAGUACUAUUAUGUUCUUAUGAGCAGGGGAUGGAUUAUUUACUUGGUGAUAGCUGCGCUAAUUCCUGCUAUUGUUAGUCUCAUCGUGUGGUAUUGGUCCUUAAAUAAUUGGGGCAAUCAUCCGAUAGCCCGAAGCCUUGCAUACUAUGCCCUUCCCCAGUCCAGUUGGAGAGCUGUGGCGUCUUCUGUUAAUACGGAGUUCCGACGGAUUGAUAAAUUUGCCUCUGGUGCACCAGGAGCCCGAGUUAUUGUCACCGAUACCUGGGUGAUGAAGGUGACUACAUAUCAUGUUCAUAUAGCACAGCAACAGGAUAUCCACCUCACUCUGACUGAAUCAAGGCAGCACGAACUGUGUCCCGACCUAAAUACACCUGUACAGUUCCUCACAAUCCGAGUGGGCAUCAUCAAUCCACACAUCACACCAUUUGACAUUAGGUUGAAUUCAACAGAAUAUGGUGAGCUGCGUGAGAAGCUCCACACAACAAUCCGGAAUGCCCAUAAUGUGGUCAUCCAUCAGUCUCUGAGCGACAUGUUUCUGGACACAUUCAAGAUCCAAGUGGAAUUGAAUCAACGUUAUCAUCUUUCUGGGAACCAGGAACUGGAGCCAUGCAUUGGCUGCAUGCAGACAGCUGCUAACAUCAAACUUGUCAAAGUCUGUAUGGACCCAAAUGAGGGUGAAUGUCAGCAGUGCUACUGUCGACCUAUGUGGUGCCUGACCUGCAUGGGGAAAUGGUUUGCCAGCCGCCAAGACCAGCAGCAUCCAGAAACGUGGCUUUCAAAUCGUGUGCCUUGCCCUACUUGUCGAUCUAAGUUCUGCAUUCUUGAUAUCUCUAUUGUUUGCUAAAAAUUACCUGAUGUGAACUAAAUUGUCUUUUUACAAGCAAGAUUUCAUUUCUGGCCUUAUGCAUUCUGGUACUCUAAUCACAGCUAAUUUUCUUGUUAGAUGGCUUCAAAUGCCUCUGAAACCUUCAUUAUUUAUCUUGUUUAAAAUUUUGACCCAAUGAUUUGUGGAUUGCUGCUUCAAUCCAACAAAGACCCUGGAGAAGUUUGUAUAACAAAAUUCCUGAGGGGUUAUUUGUCUCUUUCUCACCAUUAUAGGGUGGCACAGUGCUGCAGCAGUUGCCUCGUUGCCCUGGGAUGCAUGUUCAAUUCUGACUUCAGCUGCUAUCUGUUUGGACCUUGCACAUUCUCCCUGUUAUUCCCUGCAUUUCUUCCAGGUCCUCCAGUUUCUUCACACAUCCCAAAGAAAUGCUGGUACCUAAUUGGUUAUUGCAUAUUGCCCCCUUAAACAAUCAAGGGAAUAGUUUGUAGGCAUAUGAGAGAGAAUCAGUUGCAGGGCUACAGGGAAAUAGAGGAGCAGAUGAGACUGAUGAAAUUAUUCUGGGUGCUGGCAGAAACUGGAUGGUCCAAAUGACUGCCUUCUCUGAUGUAAUUAGCAGGUUAAGUAUAUUACACCUAAACUUGGAACCUGUAUCUCCACUUGGUGGGAAGGUUAAGAACUAAUGGCUUUUGUCACAGAAGAAGGCAAUCCAGAAUCACCUGGAACUCAUCACUUCAACUGGGUGGCACAGCUAGUGGAAUCACUGUCCCACAGUGCCGGAGACCUGGGUUCAAUCAGGUGCUGCCUGUGUGGAGUUUGCACGUUCUCCCUGUGACUGCAUGGGUUUCCUCUGGACACUCUGGUUUCCUCCCAUGUCCCAAAGAAUGUGUGGGUUGGUAUGUUAAUUGGCCACUGUAAAUUGCCCCUUGUGUGCAGGUGAGUGAUAAAUUUGUUGGGGGGGGGGGUGGGGAGGGAGGAUUGAUUAGAAUAUGCAGAGAAUAAAAAAUGGGAUUAAUGUAAGUGGGUGGUCAGUGGUCACCGAGCUCUGGCUCAGUGGGCCAAAGUACCUGUUUUUGUGCUGUGUGACUGACAAUAAUUGAACUUCUAGGAAUUAUUUUAAAUUGCUUGAACUGUUUCUGAACUUAAGACUUGUAUAUUUUUUUAUAUUUCUAAGCUGUCUUUUGGCUUUAUACUUAAAAUGCAAUUGUUACAUAUUUUUAUAUCUCUAAUGUCAACGUUAUCACUACAUAUUUUUACAUGAUUACUCCAAAAAACAAUUAUCGGUUGCAAAUAUCUAUGACAAAAUCGAGAAGUAAUUUAAAAAAAAAAUAUUCAGUUGUUUCUGAAACACAGUUCUCCUUUAUGAAAGAUUGCUGAAUCCUGUUGGAACCAGGGUGAUGGGAUUUUCCAUUUCCUACUGGAAAAUGCUAUCAAUGUUAUAAGUCGUUGUAUUUUCUGGGAAAGGGUGUUCUUCAACUGCACUUUGUUAGUUCUCUGAAGAUGAGUGACGUUGGGAAGCCUGGAUUUAUUACCUAAUGGAGGUGUCAGUAAUGGCCCUUAUUGUAAUACAGUACUCUGUAUGAUGAUGAUACUUCCCCAAUGAUACUCCAACAGCCUUUCCUCUAUUAGAGAGAGAAAAAUGGUGCAACUUUUAGUUGAUGUUAAACAAUAAAUGCAUAGAAUAAUGCAGUGCAAGUUCAUUUUAAAUACUUGUAGAUAUACAGACAAUUCAUUGUCCUCAUUCACACAAAACAUGAUAAUUUAGAACAAACUUUACAUUCAAAAAUCAUCAGUAAAGCCCAAUAUAAUCCAUUGCAUUUUGUAAUAUAUUAAACAAAAAAAUACUCUCUUUUUGGACUAGACUAAACUGCAUUUGGAAAUUUUGUCAUGCUGAUGGAGUUUCCUCUCAGAAUAGGUCUGGACUCUAUUGCUAACCUUGCUGUUAGUUUAGUGAAAGAGAGAAUUAAUACAGUGUUGAAGAUGAUUCUUGUCUCUGAGAACCCUGAUGUGGAAUCUGCAUGGGUGGAGCUAAGGAACAUCAAAGGACAGAAAAUGUUAUUAGGGGCUGUAUAUUAACCAUCAAUAGUACUGAUGGCACGAAACAGGAAAUCAGAGAUACAUACAAUAAGAGCACAACACUAAUUAAAAGAUAACUUUCAUCUACAGAUAGAUCAAGCAAACUAAAUUACAAAUAAUACUGUGGAGGAGGAAUUUCUGGAGUCCAUGCAAGGUGGAUAUUUGUACCAGUAUGUUGAGGAACCAACUCGAGAGUGGCUGUCCUAGACAGUGUAAUAAGAAAGAAUUAGUAAACAAUCUUGUUGCUUGGAAAAGAAUGAUCACUGCAUAACAUAACUGAUUCUUCAUUCAGGUGGAAAAUUAGAGAGUUGAUUCUGAGAUGUGGGUCCCGAAUCCAAAUGCUAGAGUUCGAUAUGAAAGAUUGGGGAACAUCACAUAAAGGUUUGGCGGUGGAUAGUCAGCCUGAUAGUCUGCAUCCCAGAGUACUUAAGGAAAUGGCCCUAGAAAUGGUAAAUGGUGGUCAUUUUCCAACAUUGUAGAACUGUUCCAAUGAAUUAGUUAAUAUCCUACUAUUUAAAAAAGGUAGAGAGAAAACAGAACUAGAGACCAGUUAGCCUAACAUUGGUAGUAGGGAAAUUGCAAGAGUCCAUUAUAAAUCAUGUAAUAGCAGAGCACUUGGAGAAGAGGGAUAGGAUCAGACAAAGUCAACAUUUAUGAAAGGGAAAUUAUGCUUGACAAUUCUACUGGAAUUUUUUUUAAUGGUGUAACUAGUAGAGUAGAUGAGGGAGAAACCGUGGAUGAGGUGUGUUUCAACUUUCAGAAAGUUUUUGAUAAAGAUUCAAUGUUAAAGAUGCAAGAGGUUAGUGUGUGCAAUUAAAGCACGUGGGACUGAGAGUAAGGUGCUGAUAUGGAUAGAGAACUAGCUGGCUGAAAGGGAACAAAAAAAGUAGAAAUAACUGGGUCCUUUGACAAAUGGUGUCUAGUGGGUUACCAAUGCUGGGACCCUCCUGAUCCUUAAAUGGUCCGUAGUUUGCCCAUCAAACAAUACUUAUGGAAUUCUGUGCUUCCAUCUGUUCUACUUAUGAAAUCCUUUAUGUAACAAGCAAAUUUGGAUUUGUAGUUCUACAUUUUAUCAUUCAAUUCAUGAACAUAUGUCAAUAUUCUGGUGUAAUUUCUGCAAUGCAGAUUUAUAAAGGUGCCACCUUGGGGAGAUCCUUGAGUGUUUCAAAGUUUGAUACUUUAUAAUGUUCUCAUUUGAUUACAUUAUUCCAUGAACCAAAGUGUCCCAUAUGCCAAUCCUCCGUUUGCUAAUCUACAUCUUGUGAUGCACAUGGCUGUUGACUUUCUUCAAACAUGUUGAUCUGGACAGCUGCAAGGCCAGCAUUUACUACCCAUUUCUCUUUCCCCUUGAAGGUGAAGGCGAGUCACAUUCUUGAACUGUUACGCACUGUAUGGAAAUGCAAUCCCAUUUGUUGUGUGGAGUUGCCAGAUCUUGAUCCAACCAUGAGAAAGAAUUGGUGAGUCAGGAUGGAGUGCGAUUUGAAGGGGUCCUUACUAUUGGUAUUGUGCUUUGGUCCUGCUGCCCUUUUGGUCACAGAUUUGGGAGCUGCUGUUGAAGCCUUGGUGAGUUGCUGCAAUGUGCAGCCACAAUGUAUUGAGGAUGGAGGAAGUAAAUGUUUGGAGGGCACAGUGCCAUUUAAGCAGUGCCUUGAAUAUCUAUUGAUCACAGGUGUAAAGAACAUAUCAUAACUUGUAAGCAACACUACAAUUAGAUUAAUUUCUGUUGUCAAAACAUUUAGAAUUGAAAGGGAUAUGUCACCAUUAUUUUGAUGCUAGACCAUUAACUUUAACCAGAGUGCAAAUGGAAACUAGAUAUUGCAUUAAAGCUCAGGACAUCUUCCAUGCAUACACAUAUAUAAUGUACCAGUCACUUAUAUCCAUCUAUGUUGAUGGGUUUCUUCUAAUUAGUGUAUCACAAUAUAAAUAUUUCAUCUGUUUGAAUAUGCAGGUACAUUAUAAUGAAGUCUCUUACCUUAGUUUUUGAAAGAAUAUAUGUGGCCAGUUCAGAUUGACCAAUUAUUCAUUUGCAAUGGAUUGUUUACAAACUUUUAAAAUUCUUAAUUCCAUCGUUUUCAUAUGUCACUAUUUUGAUGAAUAAACAAGCUUUUAGCACAUUGACAAA